CUUCACCUUCACAGUGAGUCAUGGUGCGCAACGCCAAUUGCGCCAAUCAAGUCUUUUGUUUCUGCAUGUCAAUUGGCGAAUAAGUGGUUUCGAGACGUCACUUAUAUAACAAUCGUGCAGCUCGUUAUCGUGGCUCCUUAAUAUUUUCGAACAGUCACAAGAGCUUUGAAUCCUCCGCCGAACAUCAACUCACGCACACCCAGAAUGUUCUCACCAGAGGACAUACGGGAGUUGGCCCAGGCCUUCCCCAAUUCCAGCAAUCCUCCUUUGGCGCAAGGUGAAACGGCAUUGAGGCUCGCCCCGAGUCCCGGGGGAGAUGGAUUUGUCAACCUAAGCUUUGUAAUGAAACUGCUCAAUGAUGAGAUUGAAAUGAGUUUAGAACCUCGUCUCCUCAUUUCAACUCUAGCGCUCCAGUUUGGGGUUGACAAAAACACGAUAUACGAACUUCUCGACUCAAACAAUACCAAUGUCCUUCUGAGCAAAGAUCGCCAACACAUCAACCCGAAACCUGAAGCAACUCGGUUAAAGGAGAGCUUGAUAGACGUUGCUCGCUCAAGCGUGGUAUAUGCUGUCGACUUCGCGGAUACCAAAGACAUCACGCUUGAAGGCGUACGGACGCUCGUCUCCGCGGAUGAAUCGCCCACACAAAGGCUUGCACUGUAUCCAUCAGCUGUCACGUUGGCCGACCUCCAGAACGCAAUCAUCUAUUCGCCUACUUUUCUAAAAUACCUAGUGUCCGAUUCCCGAGAAGUACUCAAAAAGACCCAAGAACUUGGGGGGCCGGGAGUUGAAAGCGUUCCCCGUGGAUCAUACCCAGAGCAGUUCCUACAGCUUGUCCUUGACGAGCUUAAGCCGGAUCUUAAUGGCCGGUUUUCCAUUCGAGAGGGCAAAAUUUGGUUCACAGCAAUAAGCCACCUAGAGGAACAACGAGAGAAAAGGCUCAAGGAUUUGGUCUACGGCAAAAUCCCCAAAGUUGGUUUGCAGUGGUUUAUCGAGCUGCUUCCGGAACAGCAUCCAGAUGUUGGAAGCGCCACAAAGUUCAUCAAGAAGUCGUACGCAAAUGAUGUGCUUUUCUUCUUCGAUACGGUGGUGUCUAAAAAGUGGUACAAUGACACUGUAGAGAGCAAGAGCAAGGAAUUGAAUGAGAAGCAGUUUAUCAAUGUCAGCGAACCGUUCCACGACUUUUCCCCGGAGGCUGCUCGUGAAGCUGCUGCCCAGGCUCAUAGCGAUGUCCUUGGCCCCACACGGCAAAAUGAAGAACAAUGCACCGUUGCAGAGGGCAUAUUCCCCUACCUUAUUCGCUACGAACUGUUCACCAAAAUCCAGACCAGUUUCGCCGAACGGGUCCAGCAACAUGCCAAAUACCUCUGGGAGCGAACUGAUCAGCUGCCGGAAUCCGAACUCACACUCGACAUCCCCUCGGUCCUCCAGGAGCCCGCCGCUCAAUACGAGCUCCCAGCGCCAUUCCUACAGAUCCUCCUCAGGUGUCGUAUGGACGGCCGUGCGAAGUCAACUUUCAACGCCACACUCGCACAGCUGGAAGCGGAGACAAACGUACAGUUUGCGCAGUUCUGGCAAGACCGCGUCGUCACGCGCUUUGAGUUGUACAACGCCGGCGCCGCAGCCAUCGCAGACGCCAAGCUGCGUGCUCAGCUCGAAGACCUGCUGCGCGACUACGUUACCAAGGAGCUUGUCUCUGACGCCAUAUCGCGCGCCGAGUCAAGAGGCCUGGUCCGCGGAGCGCGUACCCCGCGCGCCCUCAAGAAGCUGCAGACGGCGCUUGAGACUGAUGGCAAGACCGUUGCCGCCGUACAGGCAUUUUUGCAGAAGUUUACGUCGAAGCUCGAUAUCGUGCCUCUCGAUACUGCGACCCUGGCCGCACGCAAGGAUGCUAAUGUUGCGGACAUGGCGCGCGGGAUGCACAAGGACAGCGAUGGCCCGCGUCUGUUCUUGACAUGCGUGGUUGUUCUGCUUGCGAGGAAGCAAGAAGGGGUCGUGUACGCUACAGGUAAAUUCGCGCCGAAGCUUCUGAAGAUGCUGAAGGCUGCGGGGUUGGAGGAGGAUGUAGGCGCGAAGUUGGAGAGACUGAAAGAGGCAGUUAAGGCGGGAAAGGUUAGUGAUGCGGAGAGAGGGGAGAUGAGGGCGCUGGCGAGCAGUGGUGUGGAGGCGUGAUUGUGUGGGUUGGAGAGCAUGUUUUGAUAGUAGGUACUUCGUACGCGCUCCACUCUAAAAAGAAAUAUGCGU